AACUUGGGCUGCCUGAUGGUCCCUAUAUGAAAGAUGUAGUAGGGAAAAGGAGCGACAGCUGGCUAAAGGGGCCCCCCCAGAACCCUCCCCAACACCCCAGGAGAGCAGUCUCUCUCCCCUGGUCCCAAGGUGCCAUGGAGAUGGAGAACGCGGCGGCCUCCACCCGGUUCCACCAGCCUCACAUGGAGAGGAAGAUGAGUGCGAUGACCUGUGAGAUCUUCAAUGAGCUCCGACUUGAGGGCAAGCUCUGCGAUGUGGUCAUCAAAGUCAAUGGCUUCGAGUUCAAUGCCCACAAGAACAUCCUCUGUAGCUGCAGCUCCUACUUUAGAGCUUUGUUUACAAGUGGCUGGAACAACACUGAGAAGAAGGUUUACAACAUUCCUGGCAUUUCCCCCGACAUGAUGAAACUAAUUAUUGAGUAUGCGUACACUCGGACCGUGCCAAUCACCCCUGACAACGUGGAGAAGCUGCUGGCUGCUGCCGACCAAUUUAACAUCAUGGGGAUUGUCAGGGGCUGCUGUGAGUUCCUCAAGUCAGAGCUGUGUCUGGAUAACUGCAUCGGCAUCUGCAAGUUCACGGACUACUACUACUGCCCCGAGCUGAGGCAGAAGGCCUACAUGUUCAUCCUGCACAACUUCGAGGAGAUGGUGAAGGUCUCAGCGGAGUUUCUGGAGCUCUCCGUCACUGAGCUGAAGGAUAUCAUCGAGAAAGAUGAACUCAACGUGAAGCAGGAGGACGCUGUGUUUGAGGCCAUUUUAAAGUGGAUUUCUCACGACCCCCAAAAUAGGAAGCAACAUAUUUCAGUUUUGCUUCCUAAGGUUCGCCUGGCCCUAAUGCAUGCUGAGUACUUCAUGAAUAAUGUUAAGAUGAAUGACUAUGUCAAGGACAGUGAGGAAUGUAAGCCAGUCAUCAUUAACGCCCUAAAGGCCAUGUAUGACCUGAACAUGAACGGACCCUCCAAUUCUGACUUCACCAACCCACUCACCAGGCCCCGCCUGCCCUAUGCCAUUCUAUUUGCUAUUGGUGGCUGGAGUGGCGGAAGCCCCACCAAUGCCAUUGAGGCAUACGAUGCUCGAGCAGAUAGAUGGGUGAAUGUCACUUGUGAAGAAGAAAGUCCUCGAGCUUACCAUGGGGCAGCCUACUUGAAAGGCUAUGUUUAUAUCAUCGGGGGGUUUGAUAGUGUGGACUACUUCAAUAGUGUUAAGCGUUUUGACCCUGUGAAGAAAACUUGGCACCAAGUGGCCCCUAUGCACUCUAGACGUUGCUAUGUCAGCGUGACAGUCCUCAGCAAUUUCAUCUAUGCCAUGGGAGGGUUUGAUGGUUAUGUGCGUCUCAACACUGCUGAACGAUACGAGCCAGAGACCAAUCAAUGGACACUCAUCGCCCCCAUGCAUGAGCAGCGGAGCGAUGCAAGCGCCACGACACUCUACGGGAAGGUCUACAUAUGUGGUGGGUUUAAUGGAAACGAGUGCCUGUUUACAGCAGAAGUGUACAACACGGAGAGCAAUCAGUGGACAGUCAUAGCACCCAUGAGGAGCAGGAGGAGUGGAAUAGGUGUAAUUGCUUACGGGGAACAUGUAUACGCAGUAGGUGGCUUUGAUGGAGCUAAUCGACUGAGGAGCGCAGAAGCCUACAGUCCAGUGGCUAACACUUGGCGCACGAUCCCCACUAUGUUUAAUCCUCGUAGCAAUUUUGGUAUCGAGGUAGUGGACGACCUCUUGUUUGUGGUGGGUGGCUUUAAUGGCUUUACCACCACCUUUAAUGUUGAGUGCUAUGAUGAAAAGACCGAUGAGUGGUAUGACGCUCAUGACAUGAGCAUCUACCGCAGUGCUCUGAGCUGCUGCGUGGUACCAGGGCUAGCCAAUGUUGGGGAGUAUGCAGCUAGACGGGACAACUUCACAGGAUUAGCACUGCGAGAUGAAGUAAAGUAUUCCGCUUCGACAAGUACCCUACCUGUAUGAGCCUCUUCAUUUAGCUAAUAAAAAGUCUAAGCAAUAAGAAUUAAUUCUUUUUUUAAAUAAAUGCAGUGUUUAAACUUGUAA